AUGGUUCUGCAGCAUCGCUGCGAGACCGGUGAUGGAUGGUGCUCGGGCAUUCCCACGCCGAGGGCCUUUCAUCCCUUGGAUCACCUUCCAAUGAACAAACCAUGCCAGCUUCACGUGCCGGACGAUUUGUCCUUGCCCGUGAAAACCGUAUGGCCACCAACCCUGGCUGACAAGAUCCAUGAAGUCCAUGAAGGGGAUGAUCCAGAGGAGGAUGACCCAAAGCCAACAAUGGGUGCUCUCAAGCGACGUGCACGGAGGCGACAAGAGGAGGAAGACCUCAAGGAGUUCCUCCUCAAGCGUGGAUUUGCCAGCAUCAACGCACCCCAGAAUCGCACCUCGAGCCGCCGAGUCGGCACUUGGAGCACGUGCUUCUUUGGAGAGCGGGAGGAGCUGUAUCCCAUCCACGCUGCGGCGCUUGAAGGAGAUUUGAGGAUGGUCACCUUGCUGCUGCAAGCUGGCGUAGAUCGUGAGCAGGAAACCUCCAAAGGGCGGACGGCUUUAGACAUCGCAAAGAGGUCUGUGCGAUGUGUCUGA